AUGCAUCAUAAAUGUAAAUCCCUUGAGGAGAAAAACUCAAUGUUACUAGGUAAACUGGCAGCGUUAAACGAGAGUAUUAAAAGCCGAAUUAAUGAUCACGUUACAAUCGAAUCAGAUUUACCUGCAUCGGGUGCCGACAUCCCAACUUCAAACAAAUUCCUGUCCCUCUCAGAUGAAUCCAUCAUUGAAGAACCUUCACACAAAUCCUCCUCAAAACAGCACUCAGUUUCAUCGAACCCAAACAAUGCAAAGAAUGAAGCUGAUACAAUCUUAAUUUGCGAUAGUAAUGGCCGACAUCUAAACCCACCAUUAUUAUCCCCAACAGCAAAACAAGCUGUACGUACUCGAUGUGCCACCCUUGUGCGGGCAAAAUCAAUAAUAAAUAGUACUACAUAUACCUCACCUAAAUCCUUCAUUAUCGAUACUGGAACAAAUGACUUAGAGCACUCAGAUACAAAUGAGGCACUCAUAAAGAAUGCAAUUGGCACCGUGGAACUUAUCCAAACUAAGCACCCAGAAUCCCACAUAAUUUUUUCGUUCAUUCUCACAAGAAAUGAUGAAUUAGACAAGAGGGGAAUGACCUUAAACAAUUGUUUGGAGAAAUUAUUAUCUACGAAGAAAAAUUUCACCUUUGUCAGACACUCCAACAUCAACUCCAAAUACCACCUGAAAGACAAGAAACAUCUCAAUGAUCGCUCAGAGCCUGAAGCGCGCAUACUUUAG